GUUCAGUGCUUUCCAGCCCUGGUCAGGUCUGGUUCACCAAAAAAGAAAAUAAAAUUACAUUUUAGUCUUUCCAAUAUGCAAAUAUCUGCGCGCAAACCAGCGAGAAUCGAAUGCACACACUAAAGAACCCCAGCAUAAUGUGACUUGUGUUCGCGCAAAGAGACGUUUCGUGCCUUGCCCGAGUGCCAAAACAAAAUCCAAAUCCAGACGCACAAAAUCGAUGCAGAUGCUGUCUGCAUCGCUCGCACAUUCUCAUAGAAAGUGCAACUGAAUUUGAAUAAUUGAAUAAAAGCCGUGUAAAUGACCAAUGAAUAAACAAUAAAGUCUCGAACAUCGAAAAAUGCAGACAAACGAUAAUCGAAGCAAUAACAAGGUGCUCAAAUCAGACCAAAACAAGUACAUGCAAACGGUCGAGGAGGCCGAUUUGUAUUGACGUUGUUAAAGUGAAGCUGAUUACACAAAAGAUCCUCAGAACGAUUUUAUCCAAGGCCCGAAUAUGUCCGACGGCGUCAGCAUCUUGCACAUCAAACAGGAGGUGGACACUCCAUCGGCGUCCUGCUUCAGUCCCAGCUCCAAGUCAACGGCCACGCAGAGUGGCACAAACGGCCUGAAGUCCUCGCCAUCGGUUUCGCCGGAAAGGCAGCUCUGCAGUUCGACGACCUCCCUAUCCUGCGAUUUGCACAAUGUAUCCCUUAGCAAUGAUGGCGAUAGUCUAAAGGGAAGUGGUACAAGUGGAGGCAAUGGCGGAGGAGGAGGUGGUGGUACGAGUGCGGGAAAUGCAAGCAACGCGAGUGCCGGAACAGGAUCGGGAUCUGUCAGGGAUGAGCUUCGUCGAUUGUGUUUGGUUUGUGGCGAUGUGGCCAGUGGCUUUCACUAUGGUGUGGCGAGCUGCGAGGCUUGCAAAGCGUUCUUUAAACGCACCAUCCAAGGCAACAUCGAAUACACGUGUCCGGCGAACAACGAGUGCGAGAUUAAUAAACGGAGACGCAAGGCCUGCCAAGCGUGCCGAUUCCAGAAGUGUCUACUAAUGGGCAUGCUUAAGGAGGGUGUGCGGUUGGAUCGAGUUCGUGGAGGACGGCAAAAGUACAGGAGGAACCCUGUUUCAAACUCUUAUCAGACUAUGCAGCUGCUCUACCAGUCCAACACCACCUCGUUGUGCGAUGUCAAGAUCCUGGAGGUGCUCAACUCCUACGAGCCGGAUGCUUUAAGCGUCCAAACGCCGUCGCCGCAAGUGCAUACGACUAGCAUUGCUAAUGAUGAGGCCUCGUCCUCCUCGGGCAGCAUAAAGCUAGAGUCCAGCGUUGGAGUCACGCCCAAUGGGACUUGCAUUUUCCAGAACAACAAUAACAAUGAUCCCAAUGAGAUACUAAGCGUCCUAAGUGAUAUUUACGAUAAGGAACUAGUCAGCGUUAUUGGAUGGGCCAAGCAGAUACCUGGAUUUAUAGAUCUGCCUCUUAACGACCAGAUGAAGCUGCUCCAGGUGUCGUGGGCAGAGAUCCUAACUCUCCAACUGACCUUCCGGUCCCUGCCGUUCAAUGGCAAGCUAUGCUUCGCCACGGAUGUCUGGAUGGAUGAGCAUUUGGCCAAGGAGUGCGGUUACACGGAGUUCUACUACCACUGCGUCCAGAUUGCACAGCGCAUGGAGAGAAUAUCGCCACGGAGGGAGGAGUACUACUUAUUAAAGGCGCUCCUGCUGGCCAACUGCGACAUCCUGCUGGAUGAUCAGAGUUCCCUGCGCGCAUUUCGGGAUACGAUUCUCAAUUCUCUAAACGAUGUAGUCUACUUGCUGCGUCACUCGUCAGCUGUGUCACAUCAGCAACAAUUGCUGCUCCUGCUACCUUCGCUGCGGCAGGCGGAUGAUAUCCUGCGAAGAUUUUGGCGGGGAAUCGCACGCGAUGAAGUCAUUACCAUGAAGAAACUGUUCCUCGAGAUGCUCGAGCCGCUGGCCAGGUGAAAAGGAUUAUGCGGGCGCCCAAUCUAGUUGAUCUAGCUGAUAAGCACAGGUGCAAAUAUAGUCGUAGGUUGGAUGUAUACUUGAGUAGAUUAAGCGUAGGAUAAGCCAUGUAUAUAGAUAGUAAAAUACUUGUCGGGUAAGAUUAGUUCGCAGAGAAAAAUAUCUUUUUAAUGAUCUA